GCAUCGACAACACGUGCUUCAAGCAGCAAACUGUGUAACUGACGCUUUUGUGAUGAAGAACUCACUCACUUUCUCACCAAACUCGGUUCGGCCAAACCUGCCUCUGAGGAGGCCCUCCACCAACCCCGUGGUUUUAUGUGAUGCGUCGCCAUCUUCAGGACGGAGCGCGCUGCUCCCUACACCUGUGCGCCCGGCCUCAUUCAGUUAUGGAGCAGGGAGCCUUAUGAAUUCAACUGCCAACAGCGAUAAGAUAACUGUGGCUCACACAGCACCAUCAUUGGCUCUGAAUUUCUGCAACUUCUGUGCACAACAAGGAAAUUUUCACUGUAAACGAUGUAAGAAAACUGCCUAUUGCUCAGUGGUGUGUCAGACAGAGGACUGGAAAGCACACAGACACAUGUGCAAGGCCAUUGAAGCAGAACCGACAAAUGACAAAAUCCUUGACGAUAGUGUCUCACCAGCUUCAGGAGACGAACCUGGUGAUCCAGUUCAUUCUGACACAAACAGCAUCCAUAGAGUCUAUAUGAAAGAUUUGCAUUCAAAAGUUACCAAAGGAGCAGAAAUCCAGGCAGCGGUUGUUGAGUUUCAUAGCCCUGGGCACUUCUUCAUUGUUGCCCAAAGCAAUGAGACUCUUGAAGCUCUACAAAUGAUAACCGUAGAGCUCCAGAAAACCUACAGCAUUCCAUCAGCGACUGCACACACACCUGUUGUAGAUGAGGUGUGUGCAGUGCAGUUCUCUUGUGAUAUGAACUGGUACCGUGGACUUGUCCAAAACUUGGCUGCUGACCAGAACAGUGCUCAGGUCCUUUAUAUUGACUUUGGCAAUAAGGAGAAAGUUCCUUUUGAACGAAUCAAGCCUCUGACUGCUAAACUGCAGCAAUUUGGUCCUUGUGCAAUUGAAUGCUGUAUUGCUGAAGUGGUGCCAGUUGCUGAUGCUUGGUCAGGUAAAUGUUGUAUAGCUGUAAGAAUGCUGUUGGAAGGAAAGACGCUCACUGUGAAGGUGUUGGACAUAAUGCAAAAUGGCCUUGUCCAUGCAGUAGAUAUCAUGCUUUCCAGGGGAAAUACUUUGAGCUCCUUUCUUCUGGAGCAUGAAUAUGCAGUAAAGAAAACAGUCAACAAAACACCAACAGAACAAGACAUAAAUGACAUGAAAAAUGCAUCUAUGGAAAACUUUAACUGUCACUCAAAUGGCAAAAACGACAACUUGUGGGCUCAUGUCCCAGAGUCCCUUACACAGGCAGUGGGCGACUCCUUCUCUGCCGUUGUCACCCAUUUUCAGUCACCUGAAAAAAUUGUUGUUCAGAAAGUAGAGAAUGCUGGAACUAUACAUAAUUUACAAAUGAUGCUAAGAGACCACUGUAACAAAGUGCCUGCAUCCAGUUAUUUCAGACCAGCACCUGGAACAGUUUGCUGUGCCUUAUUCUCCGAGGAUAAGCAGUGGUACCGGGCUAAAAUACUGGCGUAUUCUUCAGAAAAACGUGUCUGUGUUGGUUACCUGGAUUUUGGCAACUCUGAAGAUGUAGAUUUAAGCAAUUUGCGUCCCAUUACUCCGUCUCUGCUGGAUGUACCAAUGCAGGCUAUGACCUGUGGUUUAGUAGGUGUACAGCCAAUUGGAGAGAACUGGUCAGAGGAGUGUUUGCUGGCUCUGCAGAGAAGAGUCUCAAACCGUAUUCUGCGCAUUGAAAUCCAGGGUCCUCAUGAAGGCAAAGCUUUAGUGACAAUUAUUGACGAGGUCAGCGAUCCACAGACUAACAUAUCAGAGCUGCUGAUUGCUGCGGGUUUUGCAGUACCUGCUGUAGUUAACAUCAGCACUGACCAACCAACAGAAGUGUCACUUCCGGCUCCAGAAGUGCCCGUGUGCAGCCCUGCUCCAGAACCUCUGGUGUGGACUUGUGCUGUGCUUCCCUCUGACGGUCAAACGGUAACACUGCGACUCUGUAGUGUGGAGAGCCCUGGCAAGUUCUUUUGCCAUAUUGAUAAUCCUAAAGAUGUUGAACUUUUAAUGGCACUAGAAGCAGAGCUGAAGCCUUAUUGUGAGGUAGUGUCUUCAGCCUUCGAUCCAAAAUUGGGAGAGCCUUGCUGUGCCAUUAUCCCUGAAAAUGGCAAGUGCUUUCGGGCUCUGGUGAAGCAGUUGUGCAAGGAUGACAUUAUGGUUGCAAUUGUGGACUACGGUUAUUGUAUGAGUUUGAAGAAGAACCACCUAAGACCUAUUACAAACAAAUUUCUGACACUACCCUUCUUGGCAGUACCCUGCUGGCUUGCAGGUGUGGAACCCCGGGGCUCAAAAUGGACCAGUAAAGCUCUCCUGCAGUUCCAGACUUUGGUUGAGGGUGAGGCUCUGUCAGCACGUGUGCUCUCUGUCACUGAAGAUGGUUAUGGUGUCGAGCUCCAGAGCAAAAGCCAAAGUGUGGCUUCUGCCCUUGUCUCAGAGAAUUUGGCUAUAUUUCUGGGGGAAAAGGGAAAGCAAGAGGCUGCUAUGACCCCAAACAUACUGAAUGAAAGCGCUUUGGCGAACAGGCAAGAACAAGUGUCUAAUAACAAAGCAGCAUCAGAGCUAACACCAGAUACUACACUAUCUCAGAUUGGAGAGACAUCUUUUCCUGUAGACUGGAAAACGGUGGUGCUUCCAGUCAAUGAGACCUUUCAGCCCAGUAUUGCUGCUGUAUCAAGCCCAUCUCUUUUCUAUCUGUUUGGCCCCAGACAAGUUGGUGAGCAGCAGCUUCAGGAAAUGAUGCUUCAGUUGGCGGAAUACUGCAAAAGUCAGGGUUUUCAGCCCUCUGCACAUGUCACAGACAAACCUACUGCUGGUGCUGCAUGCUGUGCCCGCUUCACUGCUGAUAAUAACUGGUACCGUGCAGUGAUUCUGGAGGUAUGUGAUCAAGUGGCGAGUGUCAUCUAUGCGGACUAUGGGAACUCUGAGAAGGUGUCACUGUCAGAUAUCUUGCCCAUCCCUGCCAGUUUUCUCCAGCUGCCUUUUCAACUCAUCCGAUGCACUCUCAUUGGUAAAGAGUACUUCCCGGUGGAGUGGUCAGAGGAUGUGCUACGGAUGUUCCUGAGCGUUUUACAGCAGGGUGUCCUUGCCACAGUCGAGUCAUUUGAUGGCUAUUCUAACGUGCUCACUCUGUCCCUGCCCACUGAGUGCGGAGGUGGGCUCGUGGAGGCUAUGAUUUUAGAUGCUCUACAGGCACAUUCAAAGAGCACAACUGCUCCAAUCCCCGACAUUACACCUGCCAGCACUAUGUCCAGCACUGAUACUAGAAUUGAGAAAAGUCCAGAGCCAAGUGUGCUCCACGACAUGCCAAAUAAAUCUGAAAUUAGAACUACCUCCCAGGAGGUUCAACUCCCCCUGUCAACAGCACCUCUGGGCAAAAGCACAGAGACAGUACAUGAGAAUCCGGUUCAGAGAAUUCUCAAACACAUGGACCCACCAUGCUUGACUGACCCAAAGACUAGAGGCAAGUAUUUAAUACAUUUUUUACUUCCUUCACUACUGAAGUAG